UUGUAAUUUGAUAAUCGUUCAACAGUGGAAACCAUCCUUGUAAAUUAUGAUGUACCGUAUUUUUUUCUCAAUUUUUUUUUUGUUAUUCGCGUUGAAUUUCGUACAUUGCAAGCCUCCUGUGUGUAAUAUAACGUCUUCUGAAUAUGAAGGCUUAAAUUUUAUCGAACAUAAUGCGACAAUGAGAAUUCAGAUUGUACGUCAGAAAUCACCCUUUGAACAACAACUUAAUUCUCCUCUUCACGAAUUUGGCCUCAUCAGGGAUUGGUAUGAGAAACCAAAGCCUAGUAAUCGAACCAAUGAUACCGUCAGGCUUUAUAGAUUCCUCAAUAACGAAUUUUAUGGUAAAAUUAUUGUCGGUCACCCAGGACAAGCGUUAAAUGUUGCAUUCGAUACGACGUGGAUCUAUACGUGGUUGCUUUCAUCGCAGUGCAGCGCACUUGAAGAAAUAGGAUGCUAUUUCCAUAACAAGUACAACCACCACGCCUCAUCUGAAUGGAAACCAGAUGGAAGGAAAUUUUCAGUUGUGACCGAUGGUGUCAACUUAACAGGAUUUUAUUCCUACGACAAUAUUUCUAUCACUCACUCAAGCGUUACGAAUUUCAAUUUUAUUGAGAUGACAGCUGUUCCCAAAAGUUUCAUAUUCAACAAGGCGGAUGGCGUAUUAGGACUUGGUUGGGGUACUGGUUCUGGAUAUAAAACAUUUUUUGCCGCUCUUCUGGAGCAGAAGAAAAUCAAGAAUCCAAUUUUUUCGGUCUAUAUAAACAGAAAUCACCAGUCGAAUGCUGCUGGCGAUAUUACACUCGGCUUCGCAGACGGUCGUCACAUCAAAGUGGAUUACGUUGACGGCAAAUACGUUUGUGACAAAAUAAUUUAUCUCAAAACAGAUCCGCUUCCGUACUGGCAGUUCCAGAUGGACAAAGUUUUACUCGUCAAAAAUCCAAAAAAUACGAAGGCCUACUGCCAGACUAAAUUCCCUGACGGUACCGUUGGAUGUAAAGCUGUUAUAGACACCAGUUCAAACAUGAUCAUAGGACCAGCAAAGGAAAUAACAGAUCUUCAUAAUGAAAUGGGGGCAACUAAAUUGAUUUUCGGAAGAUAUUCUGUGGAAUGUGACAAAAUCAACCAGCUGCCUCCUAUCGAAUUCAUUAUUGGAGGAAAAAAUUUCACACUGAAAGGACCUAAUUAUAUAACCAGGUUUUCUUACCGUUCACUUACCAUUUGUGUAUCGGCCUUCCAAGCAGCAGAGAAUGACCAAGAGGAGACAAGGUGGAUAUUGGGAGGAGCUUUCCUAUCCGAAGUCUACACCAUUUACGACUAUCAUAAUCAUGUUAUUGGACUCGUCAGGGCAGCUUGAACAAUUUUUACUCUUCACAUAUUAAUUUUUUCAGUUAUAUUCUUUUCAUUUUCUACGAUAAAACUGAUUUAUAGUGCCAAAUGCUUUAUAUUCGAAUAUUUUUAAUAAAAAUUAUAUGAAGAA